AUGUCGAGUGGAAAACAGAAGCUAUGGGGAGGUCGGUUCGCCGGGGACACGGACCCAUUAAUGCACCUUUACAAUGCCUCGUUGCCCUAUGAUUAUAAAAUGUACAAAGCUGAUAUACUGGGCACCAAGGUCUACACGGAGGGGUUGCAAAAGACCGGACUUCUGACAAAGGAUGAGCUCGAGAGUAUCCAUGAGGGGCUCAAGCAGGUUGAGCAGGAAUGGGAGCAGGGCGUUUUUGUAAAGCAUGUAGAUGACGAGGACAUCCACACUGCAAAUGAAAGAAGACUCGGCGAGAUAAUCGGUCGCCACAUUUCAGGGAAGGUCCACACUGGCCGGUCUCGCAACGACCAAGUGGCAACGGACAUGCGGCUCUACUGCCGCGAGAUGCUCCAAGAUAAAGUAGAGCCGGCGUUGUUUGAGCUUAUCAAGGUUCUGUUGCACCGCGCGAGGGAAGAGAUCGACGUCCUCAUGCCAGGCUACACGCACCUGCAGAGGGCACAGCCCAUCAGAUGGUCGCACUGGCUCUCAUGCUACGCCACAUACUUUGUGGAGGACUUUAAGAGACUGAAAGAGGUGAUUGCGCGGCUGAACCAGUCGCCGCUGGGCGCUGGCGCGCUGGCAGGCCACCCGUAUGGCAUUGAUCGCGAGUAUCUGGCUUGCGAACUGGGAUUUGACGGAGUCAUCGGUAACUCGAUGACAGCCGUUUCAGACCGGGACUUUGUUGUUGAGAUCAUGUCCUGGGGCUCCCUUUUCAUGAACCAUAUCUCCAGGCUAGCCGAAGACCUGAUCAUUUACUCAACCGCGGAGUUUGGGUUUGUUAAGCUGGCAGACGCGUACUCCACAGGAUCUUCUCUGAUGCCGCAGAAGCGGAACCCGGACUCGCUCGAGCUGUUAAGGGGCAAGUCUGGACGGGUCUUCGGGCAGCUGGCAGGCUUCUUGAUGUCGCUGAAUUCCAUACCGUCUACCUACAAUAAAGACAUGCAGGAGGACAAGGAGCCCUUGUUCGACUGUCUGCUGACGCUGGAACACACGUCGCUCAUCGCUACCGGAGUCUUGUCCACUCUAUCCGUCGUUAAGGAAAAGAUGUUCCAGGCACUGACGGUUGACAUGCUGGCGACAGACUUGGCCGACUAUUUGGUCCGCAAGGGCGUGCCAUUCCGGGAGACACACCACAUAUCCGGCUCUUGCGUCGCGCUCGCCGAGCAGCUGGCGCUAUCGGGCAUUGACCAAUUGACGCUGGAGCACUACAAGGGCAUUGACCCCCGCUUUGAGGAGGACGUCUUCGACGUCUUCGACUUCGAACUCUCUGUCGAGCGUCGACAAUCUACGGGGGGGACCGCAAGGGCCGCGGUGCUUAAACAGGUAGACAACCUCGAAGAGCAGCUCAAGCGCAUGCAUAAUAAUACGUAA